GUCUCUUUUGUCGUGAGGUACUUUGGUUGCUCACCGGGUCGAUGCCUAAAGUAGUCUCUCGGUCGGUGUUCUGCUCAAACAUCUGGGAUCGUGAGGAAUAUGGCAACGGCGAGAAGCCUCCCCACGUCUACUACUGUUUGUGCCGCCAGAUGGUCCUGGUUCUGGGCUUUCCAGGAUAUUUGGUCCAAUUGUGCUAUCACAGAGAUUGUCAGUUAGAGAGGUUGCCCAUGAGACCCCGGGACAGAUCCCGUGUGAUUGAUGCUGCCAAACAUGCCCACAAGUUUUGUAACAUUGAAGAUGAUGAGACUGUAUAUCUUCGGAGGCCUGAAGGCAUUGAACGACAAUACAGGAAGAAGUGUACAAAGUGUGGACUCCCAGUGUUCUACCAGUCCCAGCUGAAGGAUGCUUCCGUGACCUUCAUUAUAGAUGGAGCAGUGAUGAAGUGUGGCCAGGGUUUUGGGAAAACAAAUAUAUAUACUGAGAAACAAGAGCCUCCCAAGAAGGUGAUGAUGAUCAAAUGGACUAAGGACAUGGGCAAGUUCAGCUCUGUCACUGUGUCUACUAUUGAUGAAGAAGAAGAGGAGAUUGAGGCUAGAGAAGUUGCUGAUUCGUAUGCCCAAAAUGUCAAAGUGAUUGAGAAACAGCUGGAGCGUAAAAGCAUGAGCAAGAGACGACUGCAAGAGCUGGCAGAACUAGAAGCCAAGAAAGCGAAAAUGAAGGGGGGGACUUUGAUUGACAACCAGUUGAAAUGACCAAGACCUUGCUCUGAGCCUGGACCAGAGGCAAGCAUUUAGGUUAAGAAGAAAAAUAAUUUCUUGUUUAUGUGGACUGGUUUCUAUUUAUGCCGCAGGAGAAGGCUCUAUGUUGCUUCCCAUUGAUUCUCCUAUAUUCCAUAAGGUCUUUGAGGGCCGGGAGUUUAGCUCAGUGGUUCUGCAGCCUGCCUUGCAAGCUAAAGGACCCGAGUUCGAUCCCUGGUACAAAAAAAAAGGUCUGAGUCUAUGAGUCCAUUUGACCUGCUUUCUGUUCAAUAGAUUGUUCUGUAUCUUUUUCUAUAUAGAUUUUUCUAUAGUAUUUUUUGUUCAUUUGAU